AGUUAUGUGUACGUUUCAGUGGGACGGCAGAGCGGAGCUGACAGCGGAGCAUGGAGAGGAGCGCGUCCGCUCGGCGAGCUUUGACCGAGGACAAACCUCUCGGUCCUUCCCUCCUAGAGCCAGCUUGCUGAUCGACACCGCCCGGACCUAGCUGGGGGCAAAGGAAAGGAAUGGCUGAUCCUCUGCGGAGGACUUUACUAGCGAAACUCCGGGGGAAGAAGUCCAAAAAAGGAGCGACGAACGGCGGCGGAUUCGGAUCUGCUGCAGCGGCGAACGGGAGCCGAGGAGGUAAAGAAAAAGUUUUGCAGACGCAGCGAGACCCGGACGAGGCUCACCCGGUAGAUUUACUCACAGGGAUGGAUUUCACCACAGAGAGAACCAGCACGUACGAGAAUUGUGUGGAAGCAGCGGCCCUGGUGCAGACCGGGGCGACAGGCGCACGUCCACAGGAGCCGAGCAGCGGGGGCCGUGUGCCUGAUGGGCUCCCGGGGGCCCCGCUUCAAAGAGUUAUGCCGUUAACGGACAGUGUGUUUAGGGAGGAGAACGGGGGCCAGCGGGAACUCAGAACCACCACGGGGAACCCGCAUGCCCAGAAAACCCAUUUUGUUUUGGUGCAGAGGCAGCGCAGCGUUGGGGAUUCAAUUGGGUUUGGGGACCACGCUAGUCACGUGUUGUACCGAGCACAGGUACUCUCAGGCGUGGUCACACCGGCACUGGGUCGGGCAGUUGACGGUCCUGAGCUCGGGGGCAGAGGAUCCUCACGACACAUGGCAGGAACCGUAGUGGAUGUAGGGGAAGACAAGGCCCACUGGAGCUUGGACAGAGGUCCAACUUUAGAGACAAAUCCAGAAAGUUGUGCAGCUCUGGUGUGUCCAAACACUCUGGUAUUAACAGGGGAAAACGUUUUAAUUAAAAGUAUUGAAAGCUAUGGACCUGAGUGUGUACGGGACACUGUAGAGUCAUCAGUCAGCUCCCAGACGCCGGCUUUCUUCCCUACUGAGUUGCAGAUUUGUGACCUAAAUCAGUGCACCUCCCAGCGUCCACAUAGAUACCCUUUAGAUAGUGAAGAUGAUGAUUAUUAUGAUAAUGAAAUUCUUCCUUUUUAUGAAAAGGUUAGGCCAAAAACAGAUGAAGCAGAGGUUGAAGACCCCGGUCAGGAUAAAGGGCAAGUGGCUGAUGGUAACAGCGCCCAGGAAACAGACCGGCUUUGCAACCAGCUACAAGAGGCGUAUUAUCUUCUAAUCAAUGCUAUGAAUGACAUCAGCCUGGAUGUCCAGCAGAAUAGUGGUGGUUUGGCUGAGCAGCAAGCCACCUCCUCUUGUAGUAGCCACUCCAGGGACAGCCUGUGCUCCAGGUUGUCCAUCAGAAACACUGAGAGCGACUCCUGGUCCUCAGGAGGCAACCAGAGCUCUCAGCAGGUAUCCGACACAGAAUCACUCCUGCUCUGCCUUGUUGAAAAUCUGAAGUCAAAAUUGAAACUGACCAGUAGGAGCAUGGCUGACCUCUCAGAGACCAAAAGAGCCAAGUUACUACGCUCUGCUAGUGAUGGAGCGAUCAGGUAUCAAAGCAAACCUUCAGCAUCUAGUCAGGCGGCUGGAAUAGGAAGCGCUGACAAAGAAGCUUCAGUAACAAAAACGUCUGAAGUCACAAAAUCAGAUCAGGCAUCUGAACCUCGGGUACUUUGUGGCACCAUCAGCAGUGAGGAGCAGCUGCAAGAUGCAGGAGGUGAGGAGAACCAUGGCGGGCAGCUCAGUGAGAGCAGUGGCUCCAUCAACAGCCUCACAGGUUCCUCAGACGGCAACAUUGAGGCGGCAUCCCAUCAAAGUCAGGAUCACAGGCAAGAGCAUGUCCAAACACUGGUGGCCAACAAAGGCCACGGAGUUACAGUCAAUAAGAUGCAAGAAUGGAUGCACAAGGGCCGCCUGCUGUCAUCUGAGAUGAAGCAGCGUAUUGAGGGGUCAUCUUUGCCUCGUGGUGGCGUCCAGAACCAGGACCAGGCUAAUCUCAGAGGCUGCAAACCAGGAACUCAGGCUUGUGGUCCAGGUGGUAAAUCUGUCAAGACAAAGUCACCAAGACAACAGCAGCCAGCUUUCAUUACGAGUUUCCAAACCCCGUGUGCUAAUGGCCAAGAGGUCAGCAGGUCGACCACCGAGCCUUCGCCAUGGAGACCACAGCUCACCACCAUCACAGUGUCCAAGAAGCGCAACUGGCUGCAGCAGAGUUCCCAGUCAAAGAGUCUGUGCACCAGGGAUGAGCUGCAGGGAGCUGAGGAGGAAGGUAGCCAGUGCUCCCACCAGCUGCCGCCGCCUCCUCCCAGUCCCUCUCCAGACCACCUGAGACCCACAGGAGGAGCACCGCCUCGUCCUGUUCGCCUGCAGCUUCCUCAGGUAACCACUGGUCAGACAAAGGUCUCUCCUCACCCUCGGAGAGUCGACCCAGCGGAAGAGAACGAUGCGGAUGAUGAGGGAGACAUUUGGUACAACCCAAUCCCCGAGGACGACGAGCCGGGGACAUCUCACCACCCGACUGUCCGGCUGAUUGUCACGCCUCAACCCGAGACUCAGCGGAGGCCCAGCAGGGGGGCGGACACGGCUCAGAUGGAGGGCUCCAGCGGGCCGGAGGUGUUCCCAGAAAGCCUCAGCGGUGGAUCAGGAGACGUGAGCCUGGGGAAUGUUGCACACUCUGCAGAGCCGCCACAUCUGCACAGACAGAUGCUUGCAUGCAAACCUCAAGAGGAGGGGGAGCCUUCACAGAGCAAACCCACAGAUGUUCUUGAGUUGCCCAGUUGUGUUGGUUUCUCACCCCCUUCGAGUCCCAACCCAACCAAGAAGAGCAGCUCCAUCAACUGGUCCUUCCCAGACAAGAUCAAGUCCCCACGCACCGUCAGGAAGAUCUCCAUGAAGAUAAGCCGGAAGCUCAGCGUCAAAGGGACCCAAAGCAGCGUCACGAGCAGCAACGGAAGCAGCCAGCCAGAGCCGAGGGCCCAUUCUCCUCGGGCUAAUGGCAGCAGGUCUGAGGCCACCACCCAGACUUCAGGACCACCUCGGUUAGCCUCGUCCGGGGGUGGGCAGGCAGGCCGUAACGUGAUCUCGCGCUACCACCUGGAUAGCAGUGUGUCCACGCAGCACAGCUUCAAUAAGAAGAAAAGCAAUGGCAGCUCAAAGUCUGCCAGUAAAGGCGGUUAUCUCAGUGACGGCGACUCACCAGAGCUGGUGGCGAAGUCUGGGAAACACAGCUCUUCAGAGGGUAAGGGCAGGAAAGGAAGAGAGCUGGAGGGGAUUGGAAGCUCCAGAGUCAACGGGACAGAGCUGGACAUUGAUGCUUUUCGUCAUUACAGCUUCACCGAGCAGCCCAAGUGCAGCCAUUACAUCUCUGGACUGAUGAACCUCCACUUUUAUGGUGCAGAGGACCUAAAACCUCCACGCGUUGACUCUCGAGAUGUCUACUGCGCCAUCCAGGUGGACUCAGUUAACAAAGCCCGCACCGCCCUCCUCACAUGUCGAACGUCCUUCCUGGACAUGGACCACACCUUCAACAUUGAGCUUGAGAAUGCCCAGCACCUGAAGCUGGUGGUGUUCAGCUGGGAGCCCACGCCAAAACGCAACCGCGUGUGCUGCCACGGCACGGUGGUGCUUCCCGCGCUCUUCAGGGUGACGCGCACCCACCAGCUGGCAGUGAAGCUGGAGCCGCGGGGUCUGAUCUACGUCAAGCUGAACUUGAUGGAGCAGUGGCAGAACUCACUGGACGGCGGGCCGGGCGGAGACAGAGAUCCUCAGGUGUUUGGCAUGGAGGCGUGGCGAGUGGUAGAGAGGGAGGGCACGGGACUGAUGGUGCCGCUGAUCAUAAGCAAAUGCAUCAAUGAGAUCGAGAAGAGAGGCUGCCAGGUGGUCGGUCUCUAUCGUCUGUGUGGCUCAGCGGCGGUAAAGAAGGAGCUCCGUGAAGCGUUUGAGAGGGACAGCCACGCCGUGGAGCUGUGUGAAAGCAUGUAUCCUGACAUCAACGUCAUCACAGGUGUGCUGAAGGACUACCUGCGUGAGCUGCCCUACCCUCUGAUCAACAAGCCUCUGUAUGAAGCCGUGCUGGAUACCAUGGCCACCAGACCUCUCAAGAUGGGAGGAGCUGGGUGCGAGAACGAUCAGACGGACUCAGAGUACACUGUCAGCCUGCUGGAGAUCCUGCCGGAGGUGGAGAGGAUGACUCUGCGGAAGCUUCUUGACCACCUGAAGCUUGUGGCCUCCUACCAGGAACUGAACAAGAUGACGUGUCAGAACCUGGCAGUGUGUUUCGGCCCAGUUCUGCUCAGCCAGCGUCAGGAAGCGUCUUGCCACACCAACCGAGUCUUCAUCGACUCAGAGGAGCUGGCGAGCGCGCUGCACUUCAAAAAGCACAUCGAAGUCCUGCACUACCUCCUGCAGCUCUGGCCAGUUGUGAACCCACAUGACCAGUCCUCCUCUCAGCCUCCUGGAGCCUCUGUGGCCCCCGCCUCAUCAGACUUGCUGUCAGCUCCUCCUCUGAGACGGAGGAAAGAACGCCCCCAAGUCCUGAACCUCAGUGAAGCAGAGAUAGUGGGCGUCCUGAGGCCCAAACCGGGACGUCUGGACAGCCCCAGCAACCGCUACGCGGGUGACUGGAGCCGCUGUGGUGAAAACUACUACCCCUCCGACAUUCUGCAGCUUCCUGGCAAAGAGGAGGCGGACUACGACGACGUACCCUCAGAGGACAUGGAAGUAACCACGGAGAUCCACGAGAAGCAGGAGGACACAGCAGAGGGUGAGCAACAGGAGGUGGUCACAAGUUCUGUGUCAGAUUCUGCUGAGCAGGAGCAGCCUCCAAGAAAGGAUUUGGUGAGGGAGGAAGAAAAGGAGGAAGAGGAGGUGAAAGACGAAGAGCGGGAUCCAUUAGAGGAGGAGGAGCAGGAUGCAGAGGAGAGAGUGUACAAUCACAUCCUGCCUCCUCGGCUGCCUAAGGAGCACACUUACCAGGCGUACAUGAAGAUCCAGGACAUCAGCCCCGUGCUGAGCAACAGGGUCAACCUGAGAGACCUCCAGGAGAGCAUCGACACUUUGAUAGGAAACCUGGAGAGGGAGCUCAACAAGAACAAGCUCAACGUGGGAUACUGACUCCUAACCAGGCCCGAUGAGCUUUGGACCUGCUUUGACCAUCAAGGUGCUUCUGAAACAACCACAAUGUUUCCAUGGAGACCCUGUGACACGCGGGGCUGGAAUCAGCGCUGCUGUGAUGAUAGAAGAAGAAAUGACACAUCUGCUGGUUCUGCUUGACAUAUAAACAUUCCAUUACUCUUGUUGUCUUACUUUGUUCCUGGUUUGUUUUUGCUCCAGUUCUCUGUUGUUGCUUCUCUUCUCAUUAGAAGAGCCCACUGACCCCUCAGGGGUCUACAAGGUGCCUUAAUUGUGUGAAGGUGGUACGUCAAGAGGACAUUCCACCUUGAAAUACUACGUGCCACCUUCAGCUAGAUAACAUUUUAGACAUUACUCAGAUGAUGGGGCCCUAAGAAGCAGCCGCAGAUGUUGUUCCUACAAUCAAAUUUAACAAUUUGCCUGUCUGAGUUACUAGAUGUUCUGGUUGUGUCUCAUUAAAACCGAACCGGAUCUGACCAAAUUGCUGGAUUGACAUCAAUUAUGACACAUUUUCCCGCAUUUAUUGUGGAUUAUGUAUCAUUUGUCUUAGGGAGUCGUGUCUGUCAAGUUUUAGGACCCGGAUCUGGCUGAUCUUGAGUCAAACUUGAAUAUUUAUUUGGCUGAACCAGCGGGAUGCUCUUUAACCACAUCAUCACCAAGCAGAAGACUCGUCUUAAACACUAAAAAGGAAUUGUUUCCAUGCUGCUGCUACCAUCUGUGUUGUAGUCAAAGUGUUGACUGAAACAAGCCAACGUUUUAGGAGAAAGGUUUUGUUUUAAGGUGGGCCUCCAUUUUAACCCCUUGGAUCCCAAACCCUUUCAAAAUAGAAUACAGACUGGAAUAAAUACAUCAACAUUUAGAAAAAAAAUCAAGAAGUAAAAUACUUUUUGAUAAAUCUAUGGUGAGGGUGUCUCUUGGAGUCGUCAAACUUCAACAUAUGAGUCUAGAAGCAUGUGGCUGAUGCUUGAAAUGGGUGGUGACACCAGUGUCACCACAGGUGCUUGAGGGUUAAGGCAACAGAGUUUUUAUUUUGAUGUAUAAAAAAUAAUUGUACAACAUUAAUGCACUUAUUAGCGGAUUGUUAUUGUAGUUCAUACCUUAUGGUGAUUCUGCGAUACAAGGCAAGUGAAAAACCUGAAACCUCUGAUAAAUAAAAAUGUGUUUUUGGUAUUUUUAGGCACCCUGUUAAAGGCUUAAACGCCUGAAAUGUGUUUGAUCACUUAUGUGAUCUCUAAGUUAGAUGAGAACAUAGAGGCCAUUUUUGUCUUUAAAUAAAUAAAAGCUGUAUUAAGAAGACAGUUAGCUUAGCGUAGCCUAGCCUAAGACCUGGAUGAGGACAAAUGGCUAGCUUGGUUGUGUAAAUUCUGUUUUCCUUCAUUUUGUUGGCUAUAUCCAAAUUCAGGGGCAGCAUCCUUUUAAGGACCCUACCUAUUUAGUCGUAUUGGGUCUAGUUCAUCGCUAACUUUAAUGACAGGAAGUGUAUGGCUGUGAAUUUAGACGUUCUAGCCUUGAUCAUUGACAUGAUUAUGUUGACACCCCAUUGGACGCUGGAGAGCGUAAUAGCCUUAUUGGAUGGGUCUCCUCACUCUGCAAAGUCAAUGCAGAGUGAGCAACUAUGUUCGUUUCAACCGGCAUACGACAGAUCACGUGGGAUUCCUAUCGACUUUUCAAGCCUACCUGAUGGGAUUUUAUGAGAAGGCUUAGGAUGUGAUUUUUUGAGAAGGCUUGAUAAAAUGUGUUUUGUAGUUGGGUAAGCACCUUCUUGAUUAGCAAUGAAUGCACUGGGGGCAAAUGGAGACCCAUCUAAGAUGGAGGCCGGCCACUAUGGCAGCUCCGAUAGACUGCGCCAGUCCAUGGGACGUCUGUGUAUACAUGUCCUCAGCAUAGCUCCUGUUGCCUAGAAACCGCAGCCGUGCGAAACGGGUGUUACAACUAAACUUGGAGGUAAGACAUAAAGAACUGCAGGACUCCCUAUACAAGCGCAUUUAAGAAGAUUUUCCUUCAGAUUUGUUUUACUUUACAGUAACAAUAAUUAUUGCGAAAACAACACAAUCGUUUUAACCUUUUGAUUUAUCCACUGCUAGAUAUUGAAAUACGUGCAUUAAAAACUGUAACCCUCCCCCAUUUUUUUCCGCCAUCAUUCACAAGAACGAAAGCCUCCCAGUGAGCCGGCAUUGUAUCAUGGGAUAGCGUGGGUUAGCAAAGAUACACCAGACCUGUCCUUGUGGGCCACAUUUUGAGUAGCCUUCAACAUCGAACAGCCUUCUCUGUGACGUCAACCUUAAAAUGCGUCCUUGGAAGGAUGCAGCCCCCUGUUCUACGCUUUGCUAAAAUAAGCUAAUGAGAUGUUCAUCUGGUCUUCUACAGCAGAAAGACAAACAAGCUAAAAGUUUAAUAAAACCAACGACGUGAAGCACAUUUUUCUGACAGGAUCUCAACCAGUUAGCAUGACUUAGCUUGCUGCCUAAAGCGAAACAAAAAUGGAGGUUUUCAGCAAUCCAGGGAUUCUAAUUGAACAGUAUUUAAACUAUAUGUGUAUAUAAUUAUAUAAAUAUAUAUUGGGAGUGUAUUAUUAUUUUUACAGCUUAUGUUUCAGUGGCGUAUUUAAAUACUUCUGAUGACCUUGUAGUGUUGACUCAUCCCCCCAUCGAGCUACCUGUACAGACCGUAACGUGUUGGAUUAAUGGUACCAGUAUAGCUGUAAAAUAUAUAUUGCAGGUGAAGUGAUUUUGUCCUUUUUGUUACUUUUUGUGUACAUAUUUGACAUUUCGUGUCUCUUGUGGACUACGCUGUGUUGUUUUUGUUAAAGGUACUGGUCAAAAAGCUUUACUGGCUUUAGCAAGGCUCUGUCUCAUCAGCCAUUGUAUUUUAUAUUUAUGUGUAAAAUAAAAAUUUAUUACGUUU